UUCUAUAAAAUAUAUAUAUUUUUUUUGUUUAUAUCUUUAUGUGUAUAGGCCAUAGCGUCUCUUGCUCUCCAGCUUUAAUGGCGUGAGACUGUACAUCUACGGUGACAAGUAACCGUAUGUAAUCCUUCAAUCUUUGCAUGCUUCACCAACUACUCAUAUUAGAAUACCCAUAAACCUAAAUGAGAUGAUUUUUUGGAAUGGAAUGCAAUUGAAAUUCCCCAUCAACAGGAAAACCACCUUGUUCGUUUUCGAUAUUUUUUUCAAAAACCCAGAUAACAUAAAGUGGUAAUCUCUUCUGGGUAUCUGUUAUUUGGUCUAUCUGAAUCGAUAUAUGAUGUGGGUUUUUAUGAUUCUGGGAUUGGUCUGAUUGUUUUGUGGGAAUCAAUCUUGUUGUCUUGUGCAUUUAUUUUCUUUUCUUGGAUCUUUUUUUUUUUUUUUGGGUUAUUGUUGUUGUUUGUGUGUGUGUGUGUGUGUGUGUGUGCGUGUUUUAUUUUUUGAUGUUUGAGGGAGUUGAGUUUGAGAGAAAAAACAUGAAGGAUGAUGAGGAACUUGAAAUGUUGUUGGAUGAGAUCCCUCAUGCAACAUCACACAAUCUUCACCAACAUCUUCAUCAAAAACACAAUAAUCAUCAUCAUCAUCAUAAUGUUCAUGGUGGUGGUCAUGUUCAUCGGCCUUUUGUAACACAGACGAUUAAUGGCAUGUAUGAUGAUGACCCAUCAAGUCAUUGUAAGUAUCCAUGUGUAUCUUCCCCUGUUAGUGGGUUCUCUCUCCAGUCUGAUGGCUCUUCCUCUAGCUUGUUCUCUUGCUGCCAUUCUUUAUCUGAUAAUGGUUCACCAACCCCACCUUCACUGGAAGAGCUUAAAUCACACAUGCCUUGUGGAACUUCCAUAUAUCCAAAUGGAUUAUGGUUGGAUUCGAAAUUGCCCGUUUCACCCAUUAGGAAGAAAUCCAAUGAGAGCUUGAUUGAUGAACUGGGUUUAAGUCGAAAUCUUAGUAAAAUGUAUAUUAGUAAUGAACAAGAGGACUCUUCUAGUUUCAAGGAAUUAUUGGUAGAUAGAGAAAGAAUUCGGGUUGGUGAUGGAUCUUUGGGUGGAAAUAAUCGAUUCAAUUUCGAUAAACAGGGUGGUUGUGAGAAGGUCAGGAGAGCAUUUUCUGAUUUUGUGGGAUUUCAAUGCCCUGUCGAAAGGACUGGUACGGGUUUUGAGGGUGAGAUGAAUUCAGCAAUGUUGGGAUUGCGGCCGGAAUGUAAAACGGGUAACUUUUCGGGUUCACAAUUUUCACCCGGUGAACGUUAUGCAUUGUAUUCAGGGUUGAAUUGCUGCAGUAACUCAGUAAGCUCUCCUAGGCAGAAAACAAAGGAGCAGACAAGUAACUAUUACCAAAGAGGAAGUCCAGUAUCAAGCAUAGCCACACCUUUAAGUGGACUAUCCAUGGCUGAUGCUUUACUUUAUGCACAAAGAAAUGGUAUGAAUUCUAUUGAAGAAAGAGUUGUAUUGAAUUUUCCUAAUUCUCCACAAGUGACCUGCCCUAGGCCUCAUCAGUUCAGUGUUGAAAAUUUCAUGUAUGGCCUGCCUCAAACUAAUGGGAGGAGUAGAGUGCCUUCACUUGGAAUCCCACAAGGUGGUCCUGAGGCUUUUACUGCUGAAGAUAGCUUCAUUAUUCAGGGAGAAGGCCUUAAUUAUAUGGUCAAUAAGGGAUUGGAUCGACCUAGGGGUCAGAAUAAGGGUAACUUACAUGACAUUGGUGUGGGGAAACACCUGGAGAGGUCGCUGGUAGAUGCCAGACGCCAAAUUAUAGGGCUUUGUGAAAAUUCUCGGAACAGUAGGCAAUAUUUCCAAUUCUCUCUGCCACCAAAGUACAGCUCUUUAGCUGAAGCUCAAGGGUAUAUAUACUUAAUAGCAAAGGAUCAGCAUGGUUGUCGCUUCUUACAGAGAAUGUUGGAUGAGGGUACCCCGCAAGACGUGCAAAUAAUAUUUAGCGAGAUUAUUGACCAUGUAGUUGAACUUAUGAUGAAUCCAUUUGGGAAUUAUCUUAUGCAGAAGUUGUUGGAUGUGUGCAAUGAAGAACAGAGAAUGCAGAUUUUGAUCAUGGUGACUGCAGAACCAGGGGAGCUUGUCAGAAUAUCUUUGAACACCCAUGGCACUCGUGUGGUGCAGAAGUUGAUAGAGACUCUCAAAACCAGACAGCAAAUUUCAUUGGUUAUAUCAGCUCUUGAACCAGGAUUUCUUGCUCUCAUCAAGGACCUGAAUGGAAAUCAUGUUGUCCAACGUUGUUUGCAAUGCCUUAGCAAUGAAGAUAACAAGUUUAUAUUUGUAGCUGCUGCGAAGUAUUGUGUUGACAUUGCAACUCAUCAACAUGGGUGUUGUGUUCUGCAACGAUGCAUCAGUCAUUCCACUGGGGAGCAUCGUGAAAAUUUGGUUGCAGAAAUAUCUGCGAAUGGUCUUUUGCUUGCUCAAGAUGCCUAUGGAAAUUAUGUUGUUCAGUUUAUCCUGGAGUUAAAAAUUCCUUCUGCCACUACAAACUUAGUCUCUCAAUUUGAAGGAAACUAUUUGCACCUCUCAACACAGAAGUUCAGCAGUCAUGUGGUUGAAAAAUGUCUUUUAGUGUUAAAGGAUGAGCAUCGAUCAAGAAUCAUUCAUGAAUUGCUAUCCUCUUCUCACUUUGAACAGUUGCUUCAAGAUCCGCAUGCAAACUAUGUAAUUCAAACAGCUCUUCGAGUAUCUGAGGGCCCCAUGCACAAUUUACUGGUUGAAGCAAUAGAGUCCCACAAAGCAAUCUCACGCAACAGCCCGUAUUCGAAGAGGAUUUUCUCUCAGAAACUUCUCAAGAAGUGAUGUACAUUCUCCUUUUUUCUGCCAUAAGAAGCACUGUUGUUGUUCUACUUCAUUAGUAUCUUAUUUCUCCACUACCACUACAACUACAUUUAUGGAAACAAACUGGAUUCAACUGUAAAGUCUGAUGCUGAUAACCUUAAAGAAAAGUUUUGUCUUCUCAGGAUUGCACAAACAGCCUCAAUGUGCUCAGUAAGUGUAGUAGAUAAAGCAAUUUUGCUUCCAAGUACUUUAAAAAAAUUUUGGAAAUGCAAAUGUACUAUUUAUGUUUUUGUUGCUGAUCUAAGAUUUUGAUAUUGGCAUCCUGUUAAAACUGGGUUUAUCAUUUAUUUUUUUGGGGUCACUGUAUGUGAUUGUACAGUGUAUAGAAUGUUAGGCUUUCAGUUCCUUCUGCUGUACAAAUACAAUGCAUACGCCUUCUCAAUAAUUUCUUUUGCUUUUGUAUGCAUUUGAU